AACGCGGUGCUUUAGAACACAAUACAACACAACACGUCUCAACACAUCCACACGAUUCGCUUGAAUCCGAUUCGGUUUCUCUGGAGAUUCAAACCGUGCUCUUUCCGUGUGGCAGUUUACACAGAACAUUCUCUAGUUGCUUUAUUCGGAUUAGGUCAUGAGAAGGAGACAGUUGUAGAAGAAAUAGCGCGCAUGGACAUUGUUGAUCUUUGUUUGUUUUUUUUUAUACCAGAUGAGGAAUAUUAUGAGGAAUAUUAUUUCUGGAAUGAUGGAUAUCUAUGGAUGUUUAUGGACACCUUGAGAAGAUUCGGUAUGAGUCAGCAGCGAUUCAGCAGCAACGUGCCAUGAUUACGCACACGCAUUUUGGACACAUUGCUUUUGGAUGUUAUUUUGUUUUCCCUCAUCCAGCUAUUAAAGCGCAGACCUGUGCGUCUGGGAAUCCGACAUGUUUUGAUCCGGACAACUUUUGAAGGUCGUGCGUUUUGUAUACAUACAUAUUUAUUUAUUAAUUUAUUUCUUUUCACCAGUCCACAGUUUUCUAACUUCCUCGGCGACGAUGACGGGUGAACCUUAUCCUCCUCUGCCUUAUAUAGGGAUGGAGGUAGUGAUCGCUCUCGCUUCUGUUUUAGGGAACGUAAUGGUGGUGUUGGCGGUGAAGAUAAACCGCUCGUUAAGGGACACCACCUUUUACUUCGUGGUCAGUUUAGCAUUGGCAGACAUCGCAGUCGGGGCUCUUGUUAUUCCCUUGGCCAUAACCAUCAGCACCGGACUGGAGACACACUUUUACACCUGUCUGAUGGUCGCCUGCAUUAUGCUCGUUCUCACUCAGAGCUCCAUCCUAGCUCUCCUCGCCAUCGCCAUUGAUCGGUACCUGAGAGUCAAGAUCCCACUCAGUUACAAGCGAGUAGUGACACCGAAACGAGCUGGGUCAGCGGUGAUUGCAUGCUGGCUGGUGGCUCUCAUCGUGGGUUUAACGCCCAUGUUCGGCUGGAACAACCUGAAGAAGCUCAGAACGAACAACUCUGAAGAACCCAAUCCCGUUAUCACCUGUAAGUUCGAGGAAGUUAUCAGCAUGGAGUACAUGGUCUACUUUAAUUUUUUCAGCUGGGUGCUGCCCCCGCUGGUCCUUAUGCUCGUCAUAUACGUUGAGAUUUUCUACAUGAUCCACAAGCAGCUCAAUAAUAAGCUUAAUAAGGCAGCCAGCCAAGCUGAUCCCAGUCGUUAUUAUGGAAAAGAGCUCAAACUGGCCAAAUCUCUCGCUCUGGUGCUUUUUCUCUUUGCCAUUAGUUGGUUACCGCUGCACAUCCUGAACUGUAUCACCUUGUUUUGCCCCUCUGAUAAAACUAAGAUCCUUAUCUACGUGGCUAUCUUGCUAAGCCAUGGCAACUCUGCCGUCAACCCGGUCAUAUACGCCUUUCGCAUCAAGAAAUUUCGCACGGCUUUCAUCAAGAUCUGGGCACAGUAUGUGUGCUGCAAGAAAGUAAACCAUUUGGCCAGUAAAGCUACUCGACGGAGGGAAUGUCCAGAGAAGAAGAUGCGACGAAUGAAUGACAUUUGACUAAGCUAGAACAUCAAACACAUCUGGCUUUGUUGAUAACUUUAGUGAAAUAACUGUGUCAGCAUUUAACAUCCAGAUCUGAGAUCUUGUAAUGUCUUCACUCUUAUUUCCUCUUGUGAGGACGAUUAAACAAAGCGGCAUUCUAUCUGCAAAAAGUGCCAUACGCCACCUACAGUGAUUUAUUAAAUACGGCAACUGCUUGUGUUAGUUUUAAAUGAGGUUUGAAGCUUAAAACAAGCUUAUUACAUCAACUUGAAAGUGCUUAUAACCGCACUAGGCCUUGUGCAGGCCAAGCAAUGGACCUGUAUUGAAUCUUUUAUAAAAUGAACGGCACUGCAGCAUUACUGGUAAGGGGGAAGAAUGUAAAUGUAUGUUUUAUGUGUGGGAACAUUUAAAUCUAUAAAAUGCUUAUCAAGAAUAAGGCUUCAGUGAUGGUUUACCAUUUUGAUUUCCUUGUUUUUAAAAGCAAAACUCAUCUUGUGUUAAAGCAGUGUCUGAGGUAACAACAAGAAGAUCAAGUGUUAAUUCUGAAAGCACGAUCUCCUCAAGGCAUGUCAUAAUGCUCUUAAGUGUACAACAUGCAAAGAAAGUUUGAUUACUACAAUGCUUUCAGCAGAAGUACAAAAAAUUACUGUGCCAUAACUAGCGAGACUUAAUCAAGUAGUAUUGUGGGCAGAAACAUACUAAUAAAGUCCUGAUAUUGUUUUUAGAAAUAA